AUGGUUUUCGCAGCCUAUAUUGCUUUCAUCUUAUCCACAUAUCUGGGUAAAUUCAUCAAAGGCCUCGGCAAAGAUGCUGUCAAUGUCAGUCUGCUGAGGGGCUCCAUUGAACUCAAGAAACUUGAACUAUUGCCUGACUUGCUAUCUUUUUGUGAGUACCUGCAACUUGAAAGCGGUACAAUAAGGAGCCUCAGCGUCACGAUACCAUGGCAUUUCUUUUACAGUAAGAGAUGCGAAGUGGUUGUACGAGAUGUUUCCAUUACAGUGGCACCCAAGCACCAGCGCAGUGAUACUGCGACAGAGUUCUUUAGAUCGAAGAAGGAGUUUCUUACCGCCGUGCAAGGCGUUCUCGCGGAUGCAGCGAAACGGGAAGAAACUCAGAAAGACUCUAAGAGUGGUCUCCUUAAUCGACUUCAGCAAGCAAUUCUCAAGAAUCUAGCCUUUCGUCUGGAGAACCUCUCUUUUCAAUUAGAGGACAAGACCGGCUGUUGGAAAGGGCAAACAGCCAGCGUUCAGGCACAAUUUGAUAGGCUGACGUGUGAGGUGACGGACUCAAAUUACAAGUCCACUUUUGUUCAACCUGGGGAUAGCAUUGCGAAUGAAUCGCUCUACCGCCUUGUCUCAUACGAGGGCGUCUCAGUGCGCCUGCUAUAUUCCUCCAACGAGGAAGAGACGUUUCAACAGCAGUCAUCGCAAUUUCAGAACUCGGAGAGCGUGGACUCGUUCAUGAACGCUAAGGAGGUUUUGAUGUCCUCAGAAGGGUCUAUGACCAUUUACUUGCAAAAGCAGUCGGCCACUGUGCAAGCAAAGCCGUGCGUGUCGGCUGCUCUCAUGACCAGAAAGACAACCCUUCAGUGGAGCGCACCUUGCACCACGGCAAUCGGCAUUCUCUUUGAAAGUGUGAAGCAGGCCCCGCGUCGCGCCUUCUUUAGGGACAAUCGGCCCGCUAGUCGCAUUCGAGCCGGCGACCCGGCUGGGACGUCAAGGUGGUGGUCAUAUGCAAUUGGCAAAGUGGUGACGUAUCAGAAAGCGAGGCGCGAUCGAAGACGGUUUGACUGGGCAGCAUAUCAGCGGCGGAAGCUCUUCCUUGCCAGCCUCUUCACUUUCUGCCUGCAACUUCUGAAAGCACCUUGGCUCCCCGACGAUGAAGGACAGAACUUGAGCGAGGACCAGCUGGUGCUCACCUCUGCAGAAGAUGUCAUGGCGUGCUGGAAUGCGGCAAGAGAGUGCUUUGCACAAUUCCAGCGCACGAAAAGCCCGCCGCAGGGUAGCGCGUACGAGCAGUACCUGCAGUAUUUCUAUGUGAAGGAGCAGAAGUCACGUGAGGAACCGCUUCUGGAGUUGAGUCCUUUGACAGCGCUGCCAGCUGAGAUUGGACUCACCAUUGAGUGCGCAGAACUCGCAGUUUCUCUUGAUCAAAAUCUGAGGGGCGUCACGAACCAGGCGUGCAUCGGCGUCACUGCGAGCAAAGACAAGCUAUGCCUGCAACUCUCCGCCGCCACCGCUACCGUCGUCGCCGAGGCGGACGAAGAUAAACCCGUUCUCGCUAUCACUGGUAGCGACACCGCCGGUGUAUUGCUUAUGGCGUCAAAACUGGGUCACUCCCCCGCUACUGUUGACCUCGUCAUUGAAGAGAUCGUAACGUGCCUCGACCUAUCUUUUCAAGAACUUUUAGCUACUAAGGUGACCUCAUACAUUGUCGCCGCAAGGCCAUUCCUGAAUCAGGACUUUUCGGAUGUCUCGACCGCUGCGGUCCUGGUGGGGAACAAGGUGGACCACCUGGAGAUGAGAGCACAGCAGGAGCUGUUCUCAUCAUUUGGCAUCAUCAUGAAGUCCAUCACUGGGAAAGCUGACGGGCUCUGUUUGCACGCACAGCGCGCUCAGCUAGCUGUCGCGCUGGGUAGGCCACCUGUGGCUGAAAUUCAAGAAAUCAGCGCUACUGUCAAUGAUACCACUCUUCUGCAGCUGUGCUCGGUUGCCGUGACCCCUGCCGUGGGCACUGACAGCAUUCGCGUUGAAGUAGUGAUCUAUAGUGCCCACAUCUCCACCAACGUUGAGGGAUUUGAGUACGUGAAGCUGCUUCUCGGAUCCAUGAGGCAGCAGUGGUCUAGCUGCACGAACAGCUUUGUGUCUGGACUGCAGGCUAGGAGCUCAGGUGACGCGAAACAGAAUGCGCUAUCGAAGAAGUCACAGGUAAAUCUGGCACUGCGGUUUGAAUUUGUCGAGUACGGCGCGCUGGGGCUAGAGGCGUUUUCCAUCCGAACCACCUUCGGUGAUGGAUGGCACCUUCACCUCAGCGCCGCCGACGGGACAACGGAGGGGUGCCGCCACAGCCUUCCACCGCGGUCGCAAGAGCCUUUCAUUGAUAUUCAUGUAUGGGCAGGUGACUUUUUGGUAUACUCGUCGUUUGCUGACAGUGUUGAGGGCAACGGCAUCGCCUUCACGUGUAAUUUCAACCAUGUGACCUUGUGCCUCAGCGACGAUCUGAUAUCUAGUCUGGAGUCUCUUUACGACACCGUGAUGACGAUGCUUUACGACAAUGAGGGCCGCCACGUAUAUCUGAGCGAGCGCGACAAGUACACGACCCCUCAAAUCAUCGGGCUCGUUACAGGCAGCCACAUGAUGCUUCUCUUGGAUAGCAAGGGCGGCAACUUGACAUUGCUGCCGGGACACGCUGAUACUCCACUUGCUGCUGCUACGGCGGCAGGAAGCGCUGAUUUUCGCCGCCCCAGAGCGACCCCACUACCAACACCGCCACCACUCACCGUGGAGCUUCUUGGCGAAGAAUGCCUGCACGUCUCUCUGCAGCGGUACCGUGACACACGCAUGGAUAUCCACGUCGUGCUCCAGAGAGGUGUGAAUGCCUACCUCAUCGGUGCACCGGCGCACAUUCCUCUUUUCGUGCCACGAGACAGUAUGCGCGCAGAGGUGGACUUUCAUUUCUGCUCGCCAAGUGACGCGGACUUGCCCAUUUUCCCGUACGGCCGGCUGAACGUCGCCAUGAAGCUGUCCAACGUGGCGACCGUCAUGCAUAUUCCAACACUAGCGGCCAUCUGGGCGUACUUCACACCGCCGUUGCCGCUGUUCCGCCUGCGUAACAUCGGCUCGCGCCUCCACUUUUCCUCUAGCCCCAGCCACCCUGGCGUGACACUCGCGCCACGGUCGCCUGCCUCCGCCGCCGUGGAGGCGCUUGGCGCUGCCGCCUUUGCCCGCAUCUCGCACCCCGCAGAAGGUGGGGCAAAAAGCUCCUCUGCGCCGUUGCCCACGCACGCCGCGUGUGACAUGUACUCGGCGCCAGUAUUUCCAUCCGAUAUGCGCGUGAGCGUCGUGAUCGCUGAAUCGGAGCUGUACUAUCCAUGGGGCGAAGGGAGUGUGGCGCCGCUGUACCUGCACGCCGCGUUGCCAAACUGCGAAGCUGUCAUGCUGAGCCGAGACGGAUGUGUAGAGGUGACUGUGCGAGGAUUUCUGGCCAUGCCCCGCGUCAGAACCGCCUUGCACGCCUUCCCACAUGCGAUGAGCGAGACGACAGCACAGCGCGCAGGGGCGAGUACCACGCGCACCGCCGCUGACAACAGUGGCGAGCACGGGGCAUAUGAGGAAGCACCUCCACCGAGAACGUCCGAAGAGCACGCCGCCAUGACCACUGAUGCUGCCGCCGACGGAAGCAGCACCGCGUAUUCGCCUGCCGCCGCACAACCUGCUUUUCCGAGCGAAGAGGACUUCGCGGCACCACAACAAUGUGCAUCACCGCCGCCAGCCUCGUCCCUCAUCCAAGUGCACAUGGUGUACACAAUGGACAGCCGCCCGCCGUUCUCUCCGGGAAACCCUGACGAGUUUCUGCGAGUCUCCCUGACAGCCACCGCUGCGCCAGGCAGCGGCGCGUUGCCGGGACCGUUGCACGCAACCCUGCACUCACCGACGGACGUGGCAGCGUGGCUGACCUUCUUCACAUUUUUCAAUCUCACCAACACGGUCCCGCUCUCCACGUCGAGCUGCGCGGCCGCCGCGUUACCGACGUUUGUGCCGUUGAGGGAGGACAACAGCGGCGGCAGCAUUCUCACGGCUGCGGCGCAGAACCCGCGCCGCCUCAUCAUGAACGUACACACCUCUCCGAUCGUGUUCCAUCUGCCCUUCGCAGCGGCGGCAGCGGUGCUGUGGGAGGGCCUGGAUUUUGUGGCCUCACCCGGCUACAGCGCGUUGCGUAUACCGAAGCUGGACGUGUUGGUUCAUGAGCAGCUGUGGUGCACCGCAGCGACAGGGGUAGCGACGUCGGUGCAGCGGCUGGCGACGUUGCGCGACAGCGGCUACGCUGUUCUGGCUCUUCGUAGCAGCAGCAGCGGCAGCAUAGGGGAGGUGGAUAUGGUGCCUGCGAUACUGUUCGAGUCGCACGCUACAGGACCAACGGCGGCCGAGGUGCGCCAGCGAUUGGUGCUGCCCGCUAUCGUAGGGCAUCUUGCCCACGCCACCACUCUUGUGCAGCUACAGCAGUGCUCCACACUUGCAGCCGUGAGCGCCGUUUUUGCGGCUCGAAACGUUCAGACUGCCCUGCUGAACGCGGUAAUUCUGCAGGAGAGUCAGCGCAGGAAGCUACGCUACGCGUGCUGCUGUACUACACCCGCCGGCGGUGGUGGGAGCAGCAGCUACAGCAGCGGUACGGACGCUGACGCGGAGGCGCAGCUGCGGCCCUUACUUUCCCCACCCUUGGCUAUCCACAUCCAUAGCGGCUGCCUCACGUUCGAGUGGAUGAGUGGGCUACAACAGGGUCUGCGAGCGGGCGUGACGGUGGCUGCCACGAAUGCGCGCUGCAACGAUUACAAUGCGCACAACCGCCUCUCAGCCGCCCAGUCCACCGACGACAGAUACGAUACCACCGCACACUCUCCACAGCGCCUACCUCUAGCGACCUCCAUGCCACUUAUCGUGGAGGUGGAGGCAGUAGAGGCGUACGUUUGGUGGACUAACGCAGGGAGCACCAGCACGGCCGAAGCCGCUGUCGACGAAGAGGUCGCAUCGCUCGAGGACCCGCAGUCGACGAGUAAGCAGCGCCCCAGCGUGCCAUCGGUGACGGCUUGCAUGCCACUUCUACUUUAUCCUUUUCAGGUGCACACGCGCAUCGACACCGCCGCGCAGGCGGUGGACGUGGGUACAGGGGAAGCCGCACAUGAGAACGGUACCACCGCGGCUGCAGCCUCGGGCACCUGUGUAUCUGUCCAGCAGGAGGAUGCGCGAGUGGCGGCAAGCGAAGAAGAGCUGGAGACCAGCUUUGCGGUGAGCAGCGGCGACGACACCAUCGGUACAGUUGCGCGCCGCUCGCAGUCGCUCUCCAGUGCGACUUUUCACACGAUGCCGUCGACCUCCAGCGACGGAAGCAGUGUCACGGCGGCAGCGGUACCCGCGACAAUCAUGUACCCCAUGCGUCCAGCGGAGGCGCUGCCGACGUCUGUCUUCCUAGUGACCCCAGUCCACGUCGUACUCAACAACUCUGCAUACGUUGUGCUGAGCGAGAUGCUGCUGCAUAAGGUUCAGGGGACGAGUGCAGCGACAGCAGCAGGAGCUCAGGGUGCGGUGGCGGAAGCAACACCGCCUGCCCCGCAUAGCAUCGCGAUAGUCAGUCAGUACUACCUCACGCACUGUGUCAUGGAGCUUCCGACGGCAGCGCGAGGCAGUGCCGCAGCAUCCAGUGCCUCCGUCUCCUCACCUUUUCCACCGCUCGCCUGCAGCAAAAGUGGGCUGGGCAGCUCCGGCGGGCAUGCGUCUUCGUCGUUGGCAAGAGCGCAGGCGGUGGGCGUGAAGACGAUGUGGGUAUUCCGUUACGACAGCGCACCGCAACAGCACGUGUGGGUGGAGAGCCAGUCUCAGCCAUCGCGGCAACUGGGCCGACAGCAGCCGAAUGGCGACAACUCGGUGGACAAAGAGGAAGAGCGUCGCCACGACCCGUCCCUUAACGACGCGGCCGAGAUCGCUGAAGUGGAAAAGCGUCGCGUGCCGAUGAGCCACAUCCCCCUCAGCGCACUGCACGCGACGGACGGGAAGCGGAUGCUGUCAGCGCCGGCAGCGCACGAUGGCCCCGCCAACCUACGAGGCACACGGAUUCAUGAAGGUCAUUCGAAGUCGUCAUCGCCGUCGACGUUGCAAGAGGAACAGCGCCGAGAGCCUCAUCAGCGCCCUCGCCCGUCUGCGCGCGUGACUGUGGCGGAGGUGUGUCUUAGGCUCGUCUACUACCGCGAUGUCGAAACAGUCGCCGCCGCAGUCUCCGAGGAGCGCGGCUUCUGGCGGCGAUACGCGGCGGUCCAUGCCUCAGCUCGACAUGCAGCAGCGGCAAGUCCUGCGUCGACUACUGCGACCCAAACGCCGUGUCUCAUGACGUUCCUCGCCGCCAGUGUUGCCCCUCUGCGAUCACUCCACCCAACCACCACGCACAGCAGCACCGCACGAAGCCGCACAAGCAGAAAUGCCAGCCCGCUGAUGUGCAGUCGUACUCCUCUGCGAUGGGGCAAAUCCCCAGCACCACCGGCAUCUGCGCAGCAGCAGCAGUUGCUUGCUCCCACCGCCAUGCUCGAGGAGGCCUGUGCGGAUGCUUUGUGCGUACGGCUAAGUGGCAUCAUCGUGUCCAGCUUCACCGACGCCAGAUCUGUCCAGCUCGAGUCGUGCGUGUGCACCUCAGUAAAGAGUCCCAGUCGGCCGCUCCUCUCCACGACCCGUGUGGAGCUGUACGUACCGUCCUCCACUGUGGCAUACGCGUCGGCAGGGGAAGCUGCGAAGACGGUGGCACGAGACCUUCAAGGCGCUGCGUGUGUGACGGAGGUCCUGCGAGGCAUGGAGACGGCGCCCGAGGCAGCGGGUGUCAGUGCAUCUCCAACGAUGUCGCCAAAGGACACGAACGCAAUGGCCGCACCAUCGGUGCCGGUGUUGCCGCCGCAGCAGCCUUCCGAGCCGACAAGACAGGCAAAAAGGAGUUACUUGGCCGACUCGCCAUCAUCGGCAGCCGCCCCUACUGCAGGCUCGACAAGCGUCGAUGACUGGAACUGCAACGGCGAUGGGGACCAUAGGCAGGCGAUUGUGAUGCAAGGUGAGGUAGGGUGCCGCCUAGAGACGUUGACUGUCGACCUCAGCGCAGCCGCGUUGCGUGCUUGGUUAAGCUGCCUCGUUGACCAGCCGGUCGCGGCGCUGCGGGCCGCUACAGAAGAGGAGAAGCGCGCGAAGCCUGUAGCCGACAGGUCCCAGCGCGCCGUCGCCGUGGCAACGCCGACGACACCAAUUCUGUUGCCCAUGCAGUGGAAGCCUGGCCAAGGUCUGCGCAUGUAUGAGAUUCGCGAGGCCUUCUGGGACCUCGAGCACGACAUCACCCUCUCCCGCGAUGGCCUCGUCCUUGUAUUCUCCAGUCAAGAAACAAAUUUACUGACGGUGCACCUCAACGGUCACGACAUCACGCUCGACCCCUCACUGCUUCUCCGCCCGGCAGGGCUGCAGCGGGUGGUGAUGGUGGUGCAGGGCGGACUCACCGUUCGCUUUGUCGGCAGUGGCCGUGUGCGGCUCCCACUUGCGCUGUGGAGCUCAUCACUGGUUGAGAUGACGGCGAACGUUGGUCUGGAGACGGCGCUACUGCCCUUCAUGGCGAUUGGCGAGGGGAGCUACCUAGAAUGUUCCCAGGUGCGGCUGGGCUUCGUGGAGCCCUCGGCAGAGAGUUCGGCGGGGGGUGGCAACGGUGGUGAAACGGCUGCUUCGACCCAAAGGCCUGUACCCGACUCGUUGGCCUUCACCUCGAAAGCCGCGGAGGGAAGCGAGGAUGCAAGCGCGGACGCGUCGCCACCACCGCCUCCGUCGUCUCACGGAGACCUACACCAGUCGCAGCUUGUGCACCGCAAUGUGCAUCUUUACAUGCCGCACAUCUCAGUCAUCAUCGAGCCACGACGGGAAUCCCGGCAGCUGCGCAUCCGCACAGCGGUGGAGUCGUGGAUAAGCCUCUGCAACGGGCGACUGCUGCGCGAUGACGUGCGAUGCACCGGAUUCAUGAUACUCUCGGAGUCCGCCUACGACGCAGCCACGACGACGGCGCGCACGACGGUGCUGGCACCUGUUGACGUGAGCGUGUGCAGCAACAACGGGCGGCAUCACGCCGUCUCGCUGGGGACGGUGCAGGUUGACCUUGGUCGCGCAGACGUAUUAAUCAUGUCCACUUACGCUGGAGAGCUGCAGGUUCUUUGGUUGUAUGCCAAGUACCUGACCCACAGCAAGGUAGAACGGGCGUUCCUCGAACUCGUCGAGGCCACCUUGGCAUGGAAAGCAUCAGGGGCUACCACGAACAACGCCGGCGUGCACGGCGAGGAGGAUGAGCACGACAGUGAGUUCUGCGACGCCGAUGACUCAAGCGACAAGAGCGAAGAGGAGGAGGGGGAUCAGGAGAGGCCCAGCAGUGGCCUUCGUGGAGGUGGUGCGCGCGAACGAACUGUGGCGGCAGUCCCACCGGCGAGAACCAACUACGCUCGCGCCAACCAUACCAGCGACGCCUCCGGGGCGGCCGCAAGUACAGCAACAGGAAGAGAAGGGGCGAUGACCAUCGACCAGCCGUGGUCAUCGUCGACAGGACCACGCAGAGAGAGCCGCAGACAGCCAUCAUGCCCCGCCACCCCGCAGGGCUCUGCAACACACAGAACUGACACAACAAAGGCGCUCCUGCGCCAGGCUGUUGCAGAGAGGGGAGAGGUCCAGGAAGACGUGCAUUCACGCAUGUGCGCGGAGGACGACCAGAUGCGCCCCAUACCCGCUGUCGACGUACAACGACAGCAGCAGCAGCGGCAACGGCAGCGUAGGCGCCAGCGGCUUCUUCAGCGGCGGCAGUCCCGAGGGCUCUCGUGGGUGGUGUUUACGCCCUCCGUCGAGGUCAUUUUCAGUGACCACCGCCACCCACUCGUGCAGGUGUGCGUACAGGACGUCAUGGUACGUCGCACAUCCUCCUCGGCCCUCGCCUCCACCUCCCUGGUGCGGUGCCAAAGGGCCAGUGUGCGGGUCCACGGGCGUGGUCGCUGGGACGUGCUGCUCAAGCCGAGCGCGGCACUGACGUGGUCGCUCACGCAAACGGUGUCGCGCCACAGCAGUAACCGGCAAGACUCCUUGGUGGUGGACGGGGUCCACUGGCAAUGCUCACACCUUAUCGUGGCAAAGCUGCUUUACAUGAAUCACCAAUUUAGCACCCUGGCAACGAGCCUUAGGCGGCGUCUGACCAUGGCGGCCGCUGCAGGGGGAGAGGUAAGCAGUGCGGCAGCACCGGCAUCGGUCGCCGACGUGCCAAUGACGCCUGCUGUGACGCUAUUCGGAGGCGAGGACGACUGGGGAAGGGAUGCCAGCAGCGACACCACAGCGGGCAGCUCCUCUGUUAGCACAGAUGGUGACGAGGGCAGCGACAGCGGGUACAGUAAGAGCAGCAGUAGUAGUAGCCGGCGAAGUAAUCCCAGCACCGACACAUUCUCGGACACGAGCUCUCGGCGUCAACGACGGCAGCUGCGACAGGAUGCAGUGGCGAUGGGGGCCGGUGGCCAGAGCACCGACUCUUCUCUGACAAUAGAGGCGACACCAUUAUCAUCAUCACUGUUUGGUGCUUCCUCCUCCGUCGUGGUGAACGAAGUCCCUAACACUGCCGUCACUACCGCCGACGACCGACUCGCGGCGAAGAUGCGGCCGACUCAGCGUGGCGGCCACCGCAGGUCAUCUGUGACUGCAGGUUCGGGGGCACCCGUGGCGACUGCAGCCGUGUCCCCGGGGAUGGCGACACACCGCCUACUAAACAGUUUCAGCCACACCCUCUUCGCCGGCAUCUGUGAGUGCGUGGCGGUGGCGAAGGUGUCGGCGACGGCAACGCCUGACGUGCUGAGCGCAGCAGUCAGAUCGACGGACUCUUCAUCAUCGCGGCCCACAGCAGAAGCAGCAGCGCCGAUGUUGUGGCGCUGCAACGAGCUCUACCGGCUGCCACCAGCCUCCACUACCGACAUCUUCAUCUCGUACCGCCACGCCCACUCGCUGAUACUGACCUUCUUCUCAGCCGAGUGCGUCGAGUGGGACGGUGUGAACUGCGCCUGGACACUGAAUGCCGAGGGCGAGGCAGCGCUGGCAGCAAGGACAGUCGCUAGCGCAGCCAAGCCGUCGACAGCGGUACCUCCUCCGAGGCAGCAAGAACAGCUGUACACCUCUGGCGGCGCUGACUCUGCCGCGACAACGAAUUGGUUCGCUUUCACAUCCCUGCAGUACGGCAUGGCGAGGGCUUUGACCGUACGCACCACCGCACCCAGAGGAGCGGCGGCCGCACCAGCAUCCACACCGGCCACGGCGACAGGGAUGAGUGGAUGUGGCUGCAAGGUGCUUGCCUACUGGUUAGCGCUGACCUGUGUCGACCCGGAGGAAGAGGCAGACACGUCACGCUACCCCAUCGUGGUCGCCAGCGGAGAAGGCGAUGACGAUGGCUUGACACCUGUCCUGCAUCAGCAGCAGCAACACCGAAGACAUGCUCGUCGUCGGUCCUUCACCGCAUCCUCGGUCGACCCCUCCACACCGCUCUCGCGCGGCGCGUCAUCCAUGUGCGUGGAUUCGCUGAAGAAGGGCGGGGCGUUGCUGGGCGGCAGCACCCCCAAGGGCGCCGCUCCUCAAAUGGCACGGGGGAGCAGCAGCCGCAGGACCGGUGCAAGUCACCGCACUUCCGACGACUUCGUACUUGCUCAGCCUGGAGAGCCGCUGUUGCACAGAUCCCACGACCUUUACGAUCGCCUGCGGGUGGUACAGUGUGGCGACGCCUCAGCCCACUCACUCCCGGAUCAGCGACGAAGCAGCGCUACGAUAUUGACGACGACAGGAAACCAGAAACCCGCUGCCCAGCGGAGAGGACGGCCGCACAGCGGCAACACCGCCCGUGUCCCGCCAGCGGUGCACUGGCAGCGCCUGCAGCCGCCGUAUCACGCCAAAAUAGAAAACACCCCAGUGGCUUCAUGGCAGGAUACUGAGAGAAGUGGCGGGGACCUGCUCGUCGUGCGCCUGCAAGCACGAAGCUCUCUCUUCAACGAAACCGGCUGCACGCUGCAGCUGCUGUCUUCACUGCAACUGCUCACGGCGCCCAACUCGGUCGAUGACGCCUCAUCCUUGUGUGCGACACUGACGACAGUGCCACCAGGCUGGCAGCUCCCGUUGAAUGAAGAAGACGUGCGCAACGAAGUGGUCCUGCGUGUGUGUUGCCCCUCGGCCCGCUGGCUGCCGUCACCGGCAGCACCUAGUGCCACCGCGGCCUCCCCUACCGGCAUGACCGACUCCGGGCACACGGCAGGUGUAGCGGAGACGAUGGACGACGCUACGGCGCACCUGCGCUGGUAUGAGGCGCGCACCGUGCUGGGGCAACUCCAAAGUGGCCGCUUUCUCUACUUUAGGCGCGUUGAUGUAGCGGGUGACGCGGUCGGCCCACCUGUAGACGUAACAGGUGCGGCAACAGCGAAGGACUCGGCGAGCUCUUUGCACGGAUGCGCCACUAGCAGCCGCCCCCGUGACGAUCAUGAUGAACGGCUGCUCAUAUUGUUUGUUAUCCACACGUAUUCCGCGGACGGGGUGGUGCAGCAUAUCUUCCUAUACCCCCGCCUCACGCUGAUGAACCACCUCGGCCUCACCGCGCGGGUGGGGGUGUUUCAGCAGGACCCGCUUGCCGGUCCACAGACCCCCGAUGAGGCCAUGCUGAUCGCACAGUGGACGGCGCCGCGUGUCGGACGUGGGCUUCACGAUCAAGAGCGCUUCUACCGCAGCCUUGUCGCCCUCGGCACCCACGAUGCUCUUCCCCACCAGCGCGCCCUCCCGCUGCACUUCUGCACGUACGGCAGCAAUCUCGUCCUGGGCCUGUCGUUCACCCAGAGCACCGGCGACGCCUUCUUCACGGCGGACCUUCACCCGGUCAUCACGCACCUGCGUGAUGCCGUGGAUCACCACCCUCGCCUGCUGCAACUGCGCGACAGCCACGGACGGGCCUUCUACGUGCAAGUGAGCGUGAUGUCCCGCACGGUGGUGUUGUCAGUGGCGUUGUGGGUGUACAACCUGACCGAGUACCCGCUGCUCAUGAGCGACAGCUUUGUGCAGCGCCGCCUCUGCCCGGGGCAGAGCAGCACCAGCGGCAUCAUCCCGUCGCAGGGGGAGCCGUUCCUGAUUGGCUGUCGACUCGCUGACUUCACACAGGGCUUCUUUGCGAUUGGGAUGGACGGCGGCUGGUCCAGUGCGGUCCCCAUCAACGUCGGCUCCAGCGGCGUGUUCGUCUCCGCCCUGUCACAGCUCGGCAUCACACGCAGCUGCAACUACUCGAUUCUCUUCCCGAACGCACAGGAGGGGCGGCCCAUGGUCAUCCAAAUCACGCCGCGGUGGGUCUUCUACAACAACACGCCCAAACAGCUGCGACUUCAGUUUCGGUUUCCUGGACUGGAAACGGCGAUGCAGCAGGCAGAGAAGCAGCGACGACGGUUGCGGAUGCGGGAGAUGGACGCCACAACAGCACAAAACAACGGCGAGGCUGCCGCAGCGCCUUUCCAGGCAGCUGGCGCGGCCCUGCAGGGGGCGCGGCACCCACUUCCCCUCGAGGCGGACGACACCGUCGGCGCCUUCACCUCCAUCGCAGCGGUGCAGCUGAACCCCGGCGACUACCACGUGAGCUGCAUUGGCCCGAUUGAGGGGAACCAAUUCCGAGUGCAAGAGGUGUUGCAAGGCAUUCCGCCCACCGCCACGUCCAUCCACGCCACAGGGCGUGUCGGAUAUCGCGACGGAUCGUCUUCCUAUGAGUCGCAGUACACCCCGUACAUGGAUGUCGACCGCCCAGGGGAGGCGACGUUCAACCUGUGGGCAGCGCCUCGCGCGCUGGGGAAGCAGGUGGCGGUGAACUACGGCAGUGACUUGAUCGUGCAGCGGCCGUCGGCGCCGCACCCGACAGAGCUGGAGCCGCAUGACAUGUACUCAACCGACGCCAUCAUCACGGGACGCAUUGCUGUGGCGGUGCAGAGCGCUGAAGAUGUGUUGGCAGUGAUUCUGCAGCCGAUUCAGGGAACGAAGAUCCUCUUACAGAACCGCACGGAGUCGCACACCGUCAUGGUGCGACAGCUGGGCAACCGCCGCCGCAACUGCAUCCCGCCUCGCCAGAAUCGAUUUUUCCUCUGGGAGGACGCGCGGCAGGAGCACAUCAUCCGCGUGCACCUUCUUGGCUACAAGGGUCGGUGGUUUGAUGUGGACUUCAGCGCCGGUGAGUGCCAGGUGACGCGCCACGUUGACACCGAAGACGCGGCCGCCGCUGAGGCGCUCGGCCAUGCACGCCAGCUGCGCGGGCGGACGACAGCAGCAGCGAACUUCUCAUUCCACGUGCGCUGCUACACAAACACGGAGAAGACGCGCGUCACAAUCCUGGUGACAGAGGCCCCUGUGCCGGUCUACGCUGCCAUCGACUCGUGGCGCACAUCGCAAGCCGUGUCGCUACGGAUGACGAUGGUGCAGCUGAGCUGGACACAAGAGAUGAGCACAUAUGUGGCGACCGCGGCAAAGUUCGCAGCACCGUUCGCGAUCGAUGACGGUAGUGAUGGGGUGGUCGACAACGGCGCAUCUGGUGUGGUGGCUGCGCCGCCGUCCAGUGUGGCGAAUGCGACUCUCUUCUCCAUCAUCCUGGAGGGGGUGCAGCUGGACCGCCUCACCACGGAGGACAACGAAAACUUCUACCUCGCCGUGCACCAAAUGCAGUGGGUAGAUGAAAAGCGGAAGGCCGUAUUUGUCUACCGGGCGCGCCCUCGCCUCCCGCCGGCCAUGGCCAUGCUGCAAGCUGCAGACGCGGCACAAGGCAGCGCCGGUGCAGCGGCGGCGACGCUGCGAACAGGACGGCUCUCCUCAGUCUCCCGAUCUUCUCUAUCCCCGCCCUCACGUGCGAAGCCGAACGGGAGCGACCGCGCUGGUAGCCCCACCAGGCGACGGCAGCUACAUCGCGCUGGCUCGCCUGCCGUUGGCACAGCUGCAGCUGGUACAAAGAGCCGAGACGCCAGUAGUGGCGGAUAUGGAGCGCUCUUGGAGCCCAUCACCGCCACCGCCAACCACCUGCUCAGCACCGCCCUCGGCCGCAGCGACGCGUUUCUUCUCUGCAUGGAGAAGCAGAACGACCUGGAGCUCAGCUACAGCCUCAUCAAGUAUGCUGAUGGCGUGACGCGCUACACAGAGCUGCGCCACGUUCUGACCCCGCUCGUCGUAGUGCUGACCGACUUCUGGCUGGUGGAUAUAAUCCAGGAGGUGCGUCGGCUUCGAGUGCUGCUCGGCCUUCGCAGGCAGACGGCCGCUUCACAGACCACCACGGCGGCGCCGCUAAUGUUGACGGUCUCCUCGCUGCGACAGCAGCAACGGUCAAGGUGGCGUGCCUUCGGAGACGAGGACACGGGCAGCGCUGUGAUGGAUGUGGUGCCGCCUGGCAAGCAGGCUUUUUCCAACUCUUGCACACGCCCCCCCUACUGGCAACUGGGGCAACGAAGCAGCAGCGUGGUUGUGGUGGCCGGCGACACGGAAGCAGCGGUCCUGCCGUCAGAACAACCGACCCUUUCCGCCCAAGCGACGCCUCGGCGGCGGCGCGGACGACGAGGAGACCCGCUGUCGCGAAGGGGCAGUCGAGACAGAAGCCGUGACAGCGAUAAGAGCAGCGCAACGGCGGCAUCGUCCGUGCACACGGGACGCACUGGCAGCAGUCACACGCGCAACCGCAAGGCGGGCGAGAUGCGCAGCGCCAAUAGGAGCUUGACGACAACUACCCCGACCUCCCCACGCCGCUCCAGUCCGUCACGUGCUGUGGCCGCUGUCACCGCCGUCGCAGUGCCACCGCAGCAGCAGCAUCAGCAGGGAAACGGCAGCACUGCCGGCUUUCUUUCGCAGGCUUUCUUCCUUCAACAGCUCGUUCAGGAAGUGCGCACACGCCUGGAGAAGCGGGGGACGGAUGUGAUGGCCGGAUCGCUGACCGCCCUCGCCACCCGAAGAGAGCAGCAGCUGCAGUCGGGUAGUGGGAAGUUGUUGCUCCUGCCCGGAGGAAUCGCCGGUGUAGACCCCGAGGCACAACAUCGGCAGCUGCUACGCGGCGCCACCUCGACUCCUGUGCGUCAUCACCAAAGCGCGAUGCGCCGCGGUGGUCCCAGCGAUGGUCUUGGAGGGGUCACGACCGUGGACGCAGAGGGGAACCGCGCCGUGGCUGAGGUGGGGGGCAGCGGCGUCAGGGCUGCAGGCGACGGAGGAGUUGGCAGCGUCGCGGCGGCCGCGCACACUAGUGCCAGCAGCGUCAGCACAGCCUCGUUCAUGUUCAUCGAGCGACUCGAGGUGCAGCGUGUGACGCUGUACGUCACCUUCGUCCGCCACAGCCCCGACCCACUGCGACCGUUGCUCGGCGCCUAUUCAUGGAUGCUACCCAGUCAGCUGUCUCAGCGCGAAUUCUACCUCCCUGCCUGGACGCUGACGCGGCAGGUGGAGACGCCCGCGUCGCUGCGAGCGCGUCUUGUGCGAUGGGGGAUGCAUAGCUUGCGCGAGCAGUGGACCAAGGUGACAAAGCUUGGGACGUUGCUGGACGCGCUGAAGUUCUGGCAGCAUAGGACGCUGCUUCUGCACGGUGCCCCACGACCCUUGACGCUCUCCCGCGUGCAGCAGCAGCAGCAGCAACAGCAGGAGAGGGGUGGGGGCGGGGGGCAGCCUCUCGCUACCUUCGCCCCAUGCGUAUCAUCGGGCGAAGAAGAGGACGAUGAAAACACGGACGAUGACGACGGCAACGUGGAUCCGCAACAGGGCGGUGCGCAAGUGCAGAGACCCGUCGCCUCCAUGGAGCAGCGGCGAUGA